CGCCGAGGCAUUCAGCGAGGGCAAAAAGGCGCGAGCCAUGGGUUCGGUGGACGUGAGCGACGGUGGAAUCUCCACGGCAAUCGCCUCGGUUCGAGACGACGGCACCGAUGACAUGUACGCCAUCCUGAAAUACGACGGCAAGGCGAAGCUCAUUCUCCAAAAGACCGGAAGCGGCUCGAUGGACGAGAUGGCCGGCGAGCUGGAUGACGGCGAGGUGCAGUACGUCCUGCUGCGCGUCGAGGGCGGCCGUGACCAGGAGUCCAAGGCCGUCAAGUUUGUCUUCAUCACGUGGGUAGGGUCGUCGGUGGGAGGGAUGGCAAAGGGGCGUGUGGCUAGCCACAAGAUGGCGGUCAAGGACGCCCUCGGCUGGACGGUGGUUGACAUCCAGGCUGACGACAAGGACGACAUCUCAGAGGAGGUGAUCCGCGAAAAGCUGAAGAAGGCGUCGGGCGCAAACUACGACCUCGGCUCGAACGCGGGCGGCAACUACGAGUCCAAGGCGGGCGAGAUACAGGCGGCCGGCCGGAACAACUACCAGACGCUCGAAAAGGAGUCAAACAUCGGCCCGGUCGUCUUUGAGACCAGGGCGCUUCCGAAGGAGACGCCGAUUGAUUUGGGAGGGCGGCCGAUGGUGGCGUCCGCGACGGAGGGAAAGAAGAACACCGUCAUCCGCGACGAGGUGGAGGUGGCGGCGGCCAAGAAGGGAGAGGAGUAGGGCCGUCCCCCCCUCCCACCGGGCGGAAGAGCGAGGAGUAGGCCUCCCCCUCCCCCUACCGUGCACAGACGUCCCAUGGGCAGCCUCGUGCUGUGACUCGCGCGCCCUGGUGCCGACCUCCCCCCCCCCCCCCUCCCCCGGCACGUAUAGCCGCCGGGGCGCCGUCCCCGUUGCGCCCUGCAGCUGUGUCGCACGGGUCGGCGGGGCAGCUCGUUCCAUUUCCUCUCUCUACGCCCCCAGUGCAUACCCUUUAGCGCGAGAGAGCCCCGGGGACGGAGCCCGGAAGUGUUUAUUCGCGUUUUCGUGGAUGCGAGAGACGGGUACGGUACUGGAUAACGUACGGCUCUACGACUUGGAGCAC